AUGUGGUGUCGACAGGCCGAGGCGGGAAAGAGGCACAUGCUAUUUCCCCUGAACGUACGGAUACACAGAAUUCCGUACAGCAAGAUUGGUACCAAGUACAUUGUGCCUGACUACUUGGUUGCAUCUGCACCCAUCACCUAUCACGGCAGCGCGCGGGAGGAACAAGUUGAUUCUCGUCUACCCAAUCUCUGGCCUUCCCUCCUGCAGCAGCGUCUCUCGCAUGAAAUUGAAUUUUGGGCUGUUUUAGCGGCGGCAGCACAGCAAAGGGUCUCGUCAAGUUCUCCCAUCCCCCGUGUUCCCCGUGCUGGAUUCGCACCCUUAGUUCCCGUCAGGUUCCUCCAAGUUCCUUCCGUACCUGCGGAUACCUCCUCCCAUCUUAGAGCUAUCCCGCCCAGGCUGUUGCUCCGUCAUAUUCGCUGGGUUCACACGCACACACAGAACACACACACGACACCCACGGCACACAAUAAACUAAACACACUUUUGAACACAUCUUUCCCACUUCCUUGUCUUCCCGUCUUCUCUCUUUUUCUUGUCGGCUUGACGUUUACCGAAUCCAGCAUCUUGGGCACUUUUUUGGGGCCCAGAAUUGAUUUUGCAGUCCGCACCGUUUUCCACCCUACCCUUACCAUCCAUUCCAUUGACAUCCUCUUCAGCCCUUGUACACAUACAGGAUACAGGAUACAACAACCACAGCACGGAACUUCGGUUACCUGGCACUCGCCUCAACUCGUCAGCGCCUCCUUCACCAACUGCGCCGUUCCCUGUUCUAUUCAUAGCCGGCUCCUUGCCAGCCCAGCCCAGCAAGCCAUCCAAACCAACCGCCCCUCCUUGGUCGACCACCACCAUUCACCAAGCAGCGCACUCCUUGAUCGCUUACUUUCAACUUGGCCCCCGACAGCACUCUGCCUGACUGAGCACACGACCUUCCGCCGGCUUGACGCCGCACCCUGGCAGCCCCGACGGCAAUCUCGCGCGCCGCUAGAACCCAGCCUGGCGUCCCUGUUCAGCCGACGAAACAGCGGAGUCGCAAUUUCGACCCCCUCAGUAAUUCCCACCUCCCUUCUCCAGACCAGACCACACCAGGCCAGACCACGCUACGCAUACUCCCUUUUUUGGCACCCUCGCUCCAUGAUACACUUCCGAACCGUCCUCCAUACGUCGUCUGCCGACCAGGGUCUCUCCAACGUACCAACUGACGGGUCCAAAGGGGGUUGGCUCGUCAAGCGCAAAGGAAAAUUAAUCCAGACGGAACUGUGA